CGGUGUUUUCGAAGAAACUUUUGAAAAGAUAAAAAUAAUUAAAUAAUUCAGUAAAUAGACAAGAUGCCGCAAGAUAUUAAAGCUUUCUUUCACGAGUGGUGCUCAAAGAACAAAACUGAUCCACAAUUUGAGUGUAGACCAACCGGACCUAAAUUCCGUCAACGAUUUCUUUGUGAAGUGCGUGUUGCUGGAUUUCCAUAUGUUGGUGCUGGCAAUUCUACGAGUAAAAAAGACGCUGAAAAGAAUGCAUCUCGAGAUUUUGUCAAUUUCUUAGUAAGAUCAGGCAAAGUUAGUGAACAUGAAGUACCUACAGACGAAGCGAAUCCAGUUCCAGCUGCUACAAAUGAACCAUCACCAUCUUUUGGAGCAUCACAAAGUGGAAAUCUAUCAAAUUUUCAACCGACUCAACUUGGUCAAGCUUACAGACCAUACAAUCAGUUUAAUGAUAAUCAAGACAAUUUCGGUCCACAGUCUUACAUGGACAGAGCCAAGGAACAAGCUCGUAUGGAAGAAGCUGAAAGCUUAGAUGUUAAUGCUGGCAUUCACGGAAACUGGACGAUUGAAAAUGCCAAAUCUAAGCUCAAUCAAUUCAUGCAAGCAAACAAAAUCCAAGGAGAAUUCAAAUAUAGCGCAAUCGGACCUGAUCAUAACAGGAGCUUCAUGGCUGAAAUGGUGAUUUUCGUGAAACAACUAAGACGUAACGUUACAGGCAGAGAAAGUGGAAGUAACAAACAAUCGGCAAGUAAAUCUUGUGCUCUGUCAAUUGUGAGACAAUUGUUCCAUUUGGGAGUAAUUGAGGCUUUUAGUGGUACUUUGAAGAAACCAAAAAGUGAAGAUAAACUUCCAAAUUAUCCUGUUAAAGUUGAUCCACAACUAAUUGAUCGAGCACGAAAUGUCAUUAUGGAUUUGGGAAUUAAUCCAAUUUGUGUUGAUUCUAAUUCCAAUUCUGAGAAUCCAGUCAGUUUAGUCAUUCAGACACAAGAACCUGAAAGAAAACCUAAACUAUUCAUGUCUACAGCUUCUGUCAUUACUUGGUCACCUCCAAUUCAAAAUUGGAACGCAUGGAAUUCCUCUAAUAUUGAUGAAGGAUAUUUAGCAACAGCUAGUUUGGAUCAAUUAAGUGAAGAUUUACUAGAAAAUGCUCGAAAUAAAAAGAUUAAUGAUCGUGAUUUAAGUGAUCGUACAAAAGCUAGAGAAACAUUGCCGAUUCAUGCAAUGCGUCGACAAAUUAUGGAAGCUGUAAAUGACAAUUCUGUGGUUCUAAUUCGUGGAAAUACAGGUUGUGGUAAAACGACUCAAAUUGCUCAAUUUAUUUUAGAAGAUUUUGUCGCUGGAGGUGCUGGAGCUUACUGUAAUAUCGCAGUUACACAGCCAAGAAGAAUCUCUGCUACAUCUGUGGCUGAACGUAUAGCUUUUGAGAGAAAUGAAACACUCGGCGAAUCUGUUGGAUAUUCCGUACGUUUUGAAUCUAUUCUCCCACGUCCUUACGGUUCUAUUCUGUUCUGUACGAUUGGAGUUUUAUUAAGAAAAUUGGAACAAGGUUUAAGAGGAGUUUCUCAUGUCAUUGUUGAUGAAAUUCACGAACGAGACGUAAAUAGUGACUUUAUUAUGGUCGUUUUAAGAGAUAUGGUCUCAACAUAUCCAGAUUUAAGAGUCAUUCUUAUGUCUGCAACAAUUGAUACAACCAUGUUUGGUGACUAUUUUGGAAAUUGCCCAGUCAUUGAAGUUCCAGGACGUGCUUUUCCUGUUAAACAAUAUUUCCUUGAAGAUGCUGUAGAAUUAGUCAAGUUUGUGCCACCUCCAGAUAAUCGCAGAAAGCGUAAAGGUGGUGAUGAUGAUGGAUCAGAAGAAGUAAUUAAUGCUGAAGAUCAGGACGAGACAAAUUGCAAUAAAAUAGUUCCUGACAACUAUUCUCAACAAACUAAAUCUACUUUAGCUGCAUUGUCUGAAUCUGAAGUCAGCUUUGAGCUUGUUGAAGCUAUUUUAAUUUAUAUUAAGAACAUGCGAUUGGACGGUGCUGUUCUAAUCUUUCUUCCAGGAUGGAACUUAAUUUUUGCUUUAAUGAAGUUCUUGCAAAAUAAUCCUAAAUUUUCAAGCUCUGAAUACACAAUUUUGCCAUUACAUUCUCAAUUACCCCGUGAAGAUCAACGACGAGUCUUUGAAAGAGUUCCUCAAGGAAACACUAAAAUCAUUUUGAGUACGAAUAUUGCUGAAACAUCUAUUACAAUCGAUGACAUCGUCUUUGUCAUUGACAUUUGUAAGGCACGAAUGAAAUUAUUCACAAGUCACAACAAUUUAACGUCUUAUGCCACAGUUUGGGCUAGUAGAACUAAUUUGGAACAGAGAAAAGGUCGUGCUGGACGUGUUCGUCCUGGAGUAUGUUUCACUUUAUGCUCACGAUCUCGAUUUGAGCGAUUGGAUGAAUGUCAGACUCCUGAAAUGUUUAGAACUCCACUGCAUGAAAUCGCCUUGAGUAUCAAGUUGUUAAGACUUGGCGCUAUUGGACAGUUCUUGUCAAAAGCUAUUGAACCUCCACCUCUUGAUGCUGUCAUUGAAGCUGAAGUUUUAUUAAGAGAAAUGAAAUGUUUAGAUGAACAUGAUGAAUUGACACCUUUAGGACGUAUUCUUGCUCGUUUACCUAUUGAGCCUCGUUUAGGCAGAAUGAUGAUUAUUGCCAAUAUAUUCUUGGUAGGUGACACUGUCGGUUUAAUGGCUGCAUAUUCUGGAACAUUCAGUGAAAUAUUCGCAUUAGAUAUGGGUCAAAGAAGAUUGGCGAAUCACCAAAAGAAUUUAGCAGGAAAUAAAUGCUCUGAUUAUGUAGCCAUGACAAAUGCAACUCAACAAUGGCUUGCAGCGAGAAAUCGUGGUGAAGAUGAAGAAAAGAGAUUUUGUGAAUGGAAAGGCGUUCAAUUGCCAACAAUGCGUGUAAUUUGGGAAGCAAAGCGUCAAUUACUUGACUUGUUGAAUCAGGCUGGAUUUCCAGAAGAAACAAUGUUGACAAUGAAAAUCGACCCAAAUGUACAGGAUCCAAAUCUCGAUCUGAUUCUUGGACUUUUAUGUAUUGGACUCUAUCCAAAUGUCUGCUAUCAUAAGGAAAAGAGAAAGGUUUUGACAACAGAGUCUAAAGCUGCAUUAAUCCAUAAAACAUCAGUAAAUUGCUCAAAUCUUAAAGUUACAUUCCAAUAUCCAUUCUUUGUAUUUGGUGAAAAGAUUCGUACACGAGCAGUUUCAUGCAAGCAAAUGAGCAUGGUCUCUCCUAUUCAUUUAAUCCUUUUUGGAUCAAAGAAAGUUGAUUUUGUCGAAGGAGUUGUUCGUCUUGAUAAUUGGCUUAAUUUUGAAAUGGAUCCUAACGAUGCGGCUAUAAUUUGUGCAUUAAAGAAUGUCCUUGACGAAAUUUUAUUAAUAGCUGUUCAGCAGCCUGAUGAAGUCUUGAAUCUUGACGAGAAACAUAUGAAAGCAAUUGGUGUUAUUAAAAGUCUGUCAGAGAUGAAUGCUGGAGAUUAUCAAAUAACUCGUGAGACUGGAUUGUCAACAGAUCGUGAAAGUAACUUUGGAAGAUCAUAUGGUAGUGGACCUUCUGGAUUUGGAGGUGGAAAAUUCCAAAAAACUGAAGGAUUUGGUGGCAGUGGAUUUAAUAGAGGUUCAGGAGGAUAUAAUCGAGGUGGGGGAUUUAAUAAUAGAGGGGGUGGAUUUAAUAAUCGAGGGGGUGGGUUUAAUAAUCGUCGUGGAUUUGGAUUUAAUUAAGUAAUUG